UUCGCUUCUCUUUAAUGAAAGGUGAGGCGGAGCCUCAACCACCGUAGUACCAAUCCCUCCACCACCCUCUUCGAAAAACAGCCUUCUCAAAUCUGUACAAAAAAAAUAGAUUAAUUUUUGUUGGUUUUUGAUUUUGUAAUCAGUUUUUGGAGUUUUUUUUUUUUUUUUUUAAAUCCAAUGGCUUCUACAAGGAAAGAUGUGGAUCGGAUCAAAGGUCCAUGGAGUCCAGAAGAAGAUGAGGCUUUACAGCGGCUGGUUCAAACGUACGGUCCGAGGAACUGGUCUUUAAUAAGCAAAUCGAUACCGGGUCGAUCGGGAAAGUCUUGUAGGCUUCGAUGGUGCAACCAGCUUUCACCUGAGGUUGAACACCGACCGUUCACUCCUGAAGAAGAUGAUACCAUAAUUCGAGCCCAUGCCCGAUUCGGUAACAAAUGGGCUACCAUCGCUCGACUCCUCAAUGGCCGUACUGAUAAUGCGAUUAAGAACCACUGGAACUCGACGCUCAAGCGAAAAUGCUCCUCGAUGGCUGAUGAUUUGAACGACGAUUCGCCGCAGCCGCUUAAAAGGUCGGCCAGUCUUGGUACUGGUAAUAAUGUAUCGGGGCUUUUCUUGAACCCUAGUAGUCCUUCAGGAUCCGAUUUGAGUGACUCGAGUUUGCCCGCCGCCUCACCGGUUUACAGACCGUUAGCAAGAACUGGGUCUUUGGUCCCUUCUAGUCAGCAUGUGGAAACAGCAUCCUCCACAACGGAUCCUCCAACCUUACUCAGCCUCUCGCUGCCUGGAUCUGAUUCAUGUGACAUCUCUGAUCGGGGACCUGUAUCCCCACCCGGAUUCAACCCUGUUCCAAGUCCAACACUGGUGGCGGCAUCAACAUCAGCACCAGCCCCUGCUUCGGUUUCAGCUGUGCAGUUGCAGCAAGUGGGGGUGCAAAACGUUGAGGUUGGAAUGGAGAAGCAGUUUUUUAGUCCAGAGUUUUUGGCAGUUAUGCAAGAGAUGAUAAGAAAAGAAGUGAGAAGCUACAUGGCUGGGAUUGAACAAAAUGGGCUAUGUUUUCAAACUGAGGCUAUCAGAAAUGCUGUUGUUAAGCGUAUUGGAAUCAGCAAGAUCGAGUAGACAACAACAAGAGUCAGCAGAAGGAAAAAGUCCAAAUUGACAUUGAUAGACAUUGUGAGCACUGAGCAGUAUUUGCUGGCCAAGCCGAGGGCACUACUCCAGAAUAAAUCAGGCUUUCUGUAGCCUCAGCCAGAGAGGAAAAAGGGUGAUAGUGGGGUGUUCCCUGUCAACUGCUUGCAAAAUCUACUUUGGUAAGCUGGUUUCUGAAAGGCAACUCGCUUGAUUU